ACCUCUAAUCUGAAGAUUUGUCGCUUGGAUCGCAACACUGGCUCUGUCAUAGGAAAUGAUGAGGUAUACUUACUUUGUGACAAAGUGGAGAAAGGUAACUAAGUGCUAUAUAACAAAUGGUGAAUUGUUCGCUUGUGUGUGCUAUUGAGUUGUAGUUGCAUGUUGGAGGAUGCUAAGUGCGAGUGAAGUGUAAUGGUCGUACGAGGCAGCUUCUUGAGUGCCUAGCAAUCCUCCCAAUUGCAACGAAAAUCAGUAGUACAUGCUGAGUUGUUACCAUUUACUUGAGUUAACAAAAUUCUUAAAAGAGGAAAACGUUUAAUUUCGCUCAAACUUUUAUUCAGUGUUGUCAAGAGAAAAUUCAACAGUCGUCAUAACUAUAUUCUGUAUUUUUUGCUUCGAGGAAGCUGCACAUGGACUUGAUGCCGUUUCAAACAAUCCAAGAAAAUUUGCGGACGUCUUAGGAAUUAGACUUCCACUAAAUUACAGCCUCUAAGAAUAUCUUUAUUGAAAUUCAAAUAUAGCAGCCAAUGCCCUACAAUUCCCUCUCUGUCCCAUUAUUCUCUCUUGGUUUCUUCAGUAUAUAAUUGAAAAGUUUAUGUCUUGGUACACAGAUCAUUAUCAUUAUCAUUAUCAUUAUAAAAGAGCUGGAUCGAAACUUCACAGUAGGCUUCAUAAAAGAGCUAUUGAAACAUAUGAAUCUUAGGGUUGAUUAUUCAAUGAAGUUUAACUUAAGCCGCGGUUUAACAAAUCUUUGGACCUUCAGAUCUCUUCCUUGGUGGGUUAUUUUAUGAAGAUAAAUACUUUUCUAGUCUACUCUGUAUGCUUUCAUAAAACUGUUCACAAUAAAUGGUGUUCAAUUAAAACCGUUGGGCAAAUUGAAAAUGGCUUACAACUCGUUUUUGUUAAACACUAGCUAAACUCCGUUUAAAUAAUCGGCCCUUAGGGUUUUGAAUUGAAUUUGAAUGAAAGAGAGCGAUGUUGGUUAGAGAGAAAAGUAUAUCAAGAUGCAAAUGAAAAAUUACGGUACCCAAAUGCUGGAGUUGUUCUUGUUGUUUGUUUGAUCACGCUUGUUGGCUCAAUGUAAAAUAAUCAUUUACAAUUUUGAAAGAGAAGUGCCUAUAUUUAGCAUACAUUCAUACAAAUAACAUAAGAGCAAUGAAGUUUGAAAAAGUACAAAUUCACUUUUUAAGUGACGAUUUCUUUUUUUUUGUUAUCCAGAAAUUUUGCUACCAUGGCAACGUGACGUAACGACUUCUCGCUAUUGACAGCUUUUAAGAUAUAAAUCGGUUCCUAGUAUUGAUUGAUGCCUCUUUUGUUGUAGAUGAUAUUGAAGUUGUGUUUUAUGAGACUGAACCUCACACUGGCAGGAAGUCAUGGGAAGCUCAAGGGAUCUUUGCUCCAUCAGAUGUUCAUGGACAGGUGCGGUUUAUAGGCAAUAACAGUUACUUAUAAUAUCCUUAUAGUUGCACCUUGAUAAAACAAAAAGCGAUUUACGCAACAUCUGUUAUAUGUAUACUGCAGAUUGCCAUAGUGUUCAAGACACCUGCAUACCGGAAUGUUGCUACUGAAAGUCCUGUUAAGGUUUUUGUUAAACUGAGGCGGAAGUCUGACCGGAAAACCAGUAAACCUGUGAAGUUCACUUAUCAACCACUAAUGUCC